UGCGUUCUGUCAAUCUCUUGGAUCACCUGCAACAUAUCCAUAAUACGCUCAAUCCACGAGUUCCUCCUAUCGAGACUAUUACGAAGCAGCGUUCUGCAGUCAAUCCUAUUCUCCAUGACAAAUUAUAUACUCCUGAUGAAAUAUCUCCGCCUGCAGGUGAAUGUGCCAUGCCAAUCGAGGAGCGUAUUGCUCGUCUAUGGCAUAAAGAUUUGACUUGGCGAAAAGUGGUUGUUCGUCUGGAGGGUGAAGCACAUUUAAGUGUUAUCGUGAGACGAGAAUGGCUAAAUAAAGAAGGAAAGCAAGUGAUCGAACAUUUAUUAAAUGAGCACGAAUUCUAA